AUGGAAGUAGAAAACAAAACAUUGAAUGAUUUUAUUCUUCUUGGAUUCCCAGAAGGACGAGUCUUUUGUACAAUUUUAAUGGCCAUCAUUUACAUAAUGAUCAUCAUUGGAAAUGUUGCUGUGUUUAGCAUCAUCAAGUUAGACAGUCAUCUUCAGACACCUAUGUACUUCUUCUUGAGUUAUUUAUCCCUAUUAGAUGUCUGUUACUCUACAGUAACCCUCCCAUCUAUGCUGGCCAAUGCUAUCACUGGGAACGUUAGGAUAUCCUUCCAUAGAUGUUUCACACAGCUAUUUUUCUUUGUCUGUUUUGGAGGGUCUGAAUGUCUUCUUCUGGCUGCCAUGGCUUAUGACCGAUAUGUCGCCAUAUGUAACCCCCUCCAUUAUCUGCUCAUUAUGAAUAGGAGAUUCUGCUCAGGCUUUGUUGCUGGGUGCUGGAUCGCCGGGUUGUUAAAUGCCAUAUUUCAUACCUUGAUGACUUUAAAUCUUACUUUCUGUGGAGAUCAUCAUAUCAGACAUUUCUUUUGUGAUAUCCUUCCAAUGUUAGAAGCAGCAUGUAGUGACAUCCAGAGCAGCCAGGUGUUAUUACAUGUGGUCACCAUAUUUCUAGGAAUGUCUCCUUUUCUACUUGUGAUGAAUUCCUACAUACAAAUCAUUUCCACUAUCCUGAAAAUCCGCUCCUUGGAAAGGAGACAGAAGGUCUUCUCAACAUGUUCCUCACACCUCAUAGUUGUUACAAUCUUCUAUAUUACAGCCGCAUUCAAUUAUAAUGGUCCUAGUUCUGGAGAUUCCUUCAUCAUUGUCCAAGUUUCAUCUGUCCUCUAUGGUAUUCUGUCCCCAAUGUUAAAUCCUAUCAUCUACUGUUUGAGAAACCAAGAGGUGAGGAAAGCAUUCAAGAAAGCAAUUACAAGAACACAAAUUGUUAUAAGGACAAUGAGACUAUACAACUUAAACUUAGAAAAUGUGAAAUUACAUGCUCUUAUAAGUUAA